AGCAACCCCAGAACAUCAGCAAAGUAGUGUCAUUGUAAAACAACAAUUUCCAAACUUUAUUGGGUGUUAUUAACACAGUCUUGUAUGAAAGGUUUUACACUAUGAACUUUGUUAAUUGACUGCUUUUGCUUAUUUAUCUGACAAUAAAGAAGUCCAGUAAAAAAGCAUUUUGAAUUUGGUGUUCAGGUUAAAACUCGGGAAUUUCUAAGAAAAUAUUUAAAAAUUAAAGAUGUCUAAGAAAAAUUUCCCUUUAUUUCAAUAUCUAUGAAAUUCAAUAGAUAUAAUGAAUAUAUGGCUAUCAAAAUAAUUUUUAAUAAUUAAUUAUUUUCGCCAUAGCAAUAAAUGUAAGGGAAUUUCCACCAGAGAACUUCUACCAUUACCAUUAUAGCAACAAAUCAGGAUAAUUCAAAGGCGAAUCCGCACAUAGAUGACUUUACCGUUCACCUCAAAGAACCGUUCAAAGAAAUUUGGAUGCCCUACACAUUUUCUGGUAUUAAAUGCGUUCCGCUUUCACUUUGUCACCUUCAGAUAUGUUUUGAUAACAAUGGAUGCUCGUUCAAUAUGCUUUAAUUUGACAUGCCAUAAAAGUAAUCAUGGUGGAGGUUGCAGAUUUGAUACUAAUUUUCAAAAAAUGUUAGAUUCCUAUCACAUUGAGGAAAUAUUUAACAAAUUUAUUUGGAACAAUGAGAAUAUUUUAAUGACAUCUGCUAAAUGGGCAACCUUAGAAGAAUUCCAAAUAUUAAUAAGCAAGUAUGAAUGCAUGGAUCAAGUUAAGCAGAUAAUAAUAAGGGAAGGUGGUGGUAUUGUUGUUUCUGCACUCUUAAAUGAGGACGAAAAUGUUAUUAAAUACAUGGCAGAAGAAAUUAAAAUACUUCCCACAUAUUCAAAUCGUAAAUCAGCUUUAGGGUUAGCCGUUGAAAAGAACAACAUAAAAGCGGUGGCGAUUUUAUAUAAACAUAUGAAAAACUAUCUUGAAAAUAGGGGAAAUGAGGAUAAAGAAAUUGAUUCUCAAUUAGAUUCCUCUUUCCACCAGGAGGAAAAAGAAGUUGGAUUGUUUGUUAAACGCUACCUAAAAGAUUACAUUUAUUUUGAAAGAGAGGAAAGGAGAGAACAAAUCGCCGAACUUUUGAUGCAUUCUGUAUUCUUUGACGAAGAAGAUUUUAAAAAUGUACUUGUUUAUACUGCUCGAUACUCCCCGAUAAAUACAAUAUUUUGCGUUUUUGAUCUAAUACGUGAUUUUUUUCCUAACUAUUUCAGAGAGAAAAUAAAGAGUUUAGAUUCAAACGAAGAAGACGUCUUAUCAAUUAUUGCAAAAUACAGAUUGACUAAUCCCAAUAAUGUUUUAAGAGAAAAUAUCAAUCCAAAUAGUGAAGACAUUAUAUCAAUUAUAGAAGAAUAUAAAUUACGGGAGAUUGCGAUAACGCCUGAAGAUUUUAGGGAACUUUACAAGAAGUAUUUUUACAAUAAAAAUGUCCCACGAACAAAUUAUACAAAGAAAGGAUCUGCAUUAUAUUACUUAAUACUUCACAAACAAUUUGAAUUAGCAUUGUUUGUUCUGCAAAAAACAAACUUUAAGAAAUGUAAUUCUGAACAAAAAAAUAGUUUUCUAAAAGCAAUCGAAGAACUCCGAUGGAAGCUUCAGGAUAUGCACUUGGAGAACGAACAAGUGAGAACAUCCUGGGGUGAAGCCUUGUCAGUACCCUUAAAUGAUGGCACAAGUAAACGAAAACCAAAGUUAAUACCAAGUCGGCAAUUAAGAGAAAAGAAAAGUAUGGCAUCAAAUAGAAAAGGGCAGCUACUUCGCCAAAUAGCAACACAGUUAUUUUACCGCUGGAAUAACCAAAAGAAUAAAACAUUAACAGAAGUUCAAGUAAUGCAAGUGACAAAUGGAAUUAGGUUGAUAAUUUUUGUAGCGUUUAAUCCCGCAGACAACUGCAUAGUUAAAAAGAUUAAAGAAGAUACAUCUAAGAUGCAGUCAGUGCUUAAAGUGGUUCAAACUGACUACAGUAUCAGAUAUAGUACACAUCGAUCAAAUCGUUACAGCAAAAAACUACGAAAGCGUCUAGGCAAUCAGCCUAACAAAAUCCUUUCUAAGGUGUUAAGUCAAACUCCUGUGAUUGUGAAUAGCUUGGAUAAUUUUGAAUACGAAUGGCAGAAUUUCUAUGUGCUAUGUCUUUCCAAUGUUGCUGACACCAAGAGACACGCAGAAGAGAUUUUAUGCGACGCUGCUAGCAAUUUAAAAGAAGAUUUCGAACCUCGUGACUUGACAUUCUCCAUUUAUGGAAAAAGACGACCAUGCAUGAGCUGUCUUGGGCGAAUGAGAACUGCAGGAAUUCAUCAUUUUAAUCCUAAUCCUGGAUACUUUUGGUAUUCUUCAAUCGGUCAUCAGUCAGAAGAUUGUGCUAAAGAAACACUAAAUAUUUUGAUGACAGAAGUACCACACGUGACCAUUGAGAAUGAUGAAGAGCUUUUAGAUUAUGAUACUAGGUCGGAUUCGGAUUCAGAUUAACUGUUUAGGACGUAAGGGAAAACUGAGAGGCAAUAGAAGAUUGAAUUUAUUCACACUAUAUGCUGUAGAAUAUUUACUUAAAUGUUUUUUUUUAAUUGUUUAUUUAAUGUAUUUGUAACAACUUUUGAGUGAAGUUUUCUAUCACUUAAAGAAUAUUACCACAUUAGUCAAUAAAAAAUAUCAAUAUUAACACGUCAAGAUUA